AGCCUGUUUUACGUCGCACAACGCGUUCCAUUACACAUUUCCAAAUUAGAUUUUGGAUUGGUUUACAAAGGUUUGGCCAGGCCUUACAAAGGUUAAACUUACUCCAAAACACCUCACCAAACAAUCGGAGCAAUGUUUAUUAUUUUCAAAAUAUAUACCAAGAUAAGAAGCUCAAUGAACCAGUAGUGAAACUGACAUAAAUACUUUAAUUAGCUAAAUACAGACAGAGAGCACUAAAAUGCAGAGCAUUAUUAAACAGAGCACAGAUCAAUGUUAACACACAUAAUGCCCCUACCUAACUAACAUAAAAGAGAUGAUAGAGAGAGUAAAUCAACACAAAAUUAAGUUGAAGCUGAUUCAAAAUCUCAAGUGUCUGAAACAUAUCAAAAAAACAGACACAGGCUCAUCCUCCCCAAUACCCCUCUACAUCUUUAAGGUUCUUGCAACAACUUUCCUUCUAUCAAAUACCUCUUACUCUCUUAGAGAAGGUAUUAUCAGCGCUAAACAGAGACUUUGUUCACAGAUGCACAAGUAUGGAAAAGCAAUAUGGUGAAGAAGUUUUGGGGAAGAUUGACAGCAGCAAUAUGGAAAAUCAACAUGAAGAAGGAGUUUUGAAGAAGAUUGGCAGCAGUAGUAUAGAAAAUCAACAUGAAGAAGAAGGAGUUUUGAAGAAGAUUGACAGCAGUAGUACGGAAAAUCAACAUGAUGAAGAAGUAGUUUUGAAGAAGUUUGAUAGCAGUUGUAUGGAAAAUCAAGAAGGAGGUUUGAAGAAGAUGGACAGCAGCAGUAUGGAAAAGAAAAAUGAUGAAGAAGGUUUGAAGAAGAUGGACAGCUGUAGUAUGGAAAAGAAAAAUGAUGAAGAAGGUAUGAAGAGCAUUAACAGCAGUACCACCAAUCUGGAAAAGCAAUAUGGAGAACCUGCUGAAUCAUAUGCAAGGUACUGGCAUGAUCCAGUUGCCGAUGAUGUCCGAAUAGACAUACAAGAUACCUAUAUCAGGCCGAUGAUGAAUGAGUUUUUUGAAGAAGAAAUCAAAGGAGAUCGGGACAAUGCUGGUGCUACCGGUUUUGAAGGUGAAAACACAGGACGGACUACAAUUGAAACGGUGGAGAAACCUAUGGAACCUGGAGAAUCAUCUCAAACAAGGUAUGAAUGGUCUGAGCUUAUAAAUGCCAUUACCAGAAAUCCGAGGUCUUAGAUUUUGGUCAGGGUUGUUUUCUUGCAAGUAAGUCAUUUGGUUUAGGAGAAAUCAUAACAAUUUGUGUUUCGUUAGUAGUUACAACAUUGUUUUCUUGUCUCUAAUGGUUUUUGCUUUUAUGAAUUCCUCUACUA